AUGCAUGCAGCAGAUUUUUCGCCCCUGUACACCAAAGCUGGUAGUGUCGUCGGCCAUGCUCACCCGUCGCCUGGCAAACCAAUCAUCCCGACUGAUGACACGCAACACCUUCGAGACCUCGUCGCUAGCGUCCCCUUCAACGUAACCCUGGAUGGGCUUGGUACAAAAGACAAUGCCACGGCAUCCGACUUGCUCUUUCCGCGGGUGCGACGUUCUCCAUUUUCUGAUGAAGCGAUCAGUCACCUCGAUGUCGUCUCAUGUUGGAAAGGAAUAUCUCACUCACAGGGUGUCGAGCUCGAACUUUGGCAGCGCCUGUUCCGAAAGUGUUUGGCGUCACAGGUCGAAGAAGGGUUACGGGAUAUCGUCACCAACCGUCUGAUUGAAUACCAAAGGCAAAUUGACGAGACUAUGCUGAUCCCACGCCUCGCUCUUAGCCUUUCGGGCACGAGUCGACAAUGCAUCGACAUCAACAUCACUAGACUCAUCCGCGAGAUCAUGGAAACCUUCUAUGAAUGUCAUCACGAGGCUACUCCAGAAUGCUUUGCUUGGUCGCUUGGAUCUGGAGAUCUCCCGAGGUUCUUGUACAAUUUUCUACGCACGCAGGAUUGUUUUCGCCAUACGCUUACAGGCCCGGCCGUGUUGGUCAACGUUUCUUCUCUCAGCUGUACCAGUUCCGUUCUUGCGGUAGUCGCCAACUUGGCCUGGCAACCACCCGAUAUCAGGUUCAAUGACAUUCCUAAAAAUGUCAUCGCUGGCGAGAAAAUCUGCAUUAUCCCUCGUCAUGUGGAUACAACUUUGCAAUACCAAUCUACGAGCCUGUACCCAAUGUCCGAUCGUACGCAUUAUACAGUGUCGGGGCCCUCUUUGAACCUAAAGCGCGACCCCAACGACGACUUCUUCCGUGGACGCGUUCCCUGUUGGACGAAUGAGCAGCAAUGUAAACCUUCGGUGGCUGAGACAGUCUUAUCCGCGAAUAUUGUCACGCCUUUCUCCGAAACCGUGCGAUUCGCACGAACCUCACGAUACAUCAUCAAGCUUCAUGUGACGCACGCCGAGUGCCUUGGCUUAGGGCGUCCCCAUUCUCCCACAGAGACAGAGGUUAAUUGGGUGCCCUCGUAUACUAGCACACCACUGUCCAAGACGCGGCACAACGAACCGAAGGAGGCGAUAGAUUACGCCUUCAGCCAUGCCCAACUCUGUCGUAGUCCCGUGUCCUCCGAGAAGGAUGCAGCAGAGGAUAAGGCCACAAGUCCGUUCCGACCGAAUAACCACCUCUUCAACCCAAGUGCGCAGAUUCAGUCGCCAAUGAAACGGAAGGCACCGCAGUCCAGGAACCCCACUCCCGCGAUGAACAAACGCUUUGUCUUGGAUAGUGUCGAGAACCUUACCUUAGACAUUGACUCCAAACGCUGUAGGCUUGUACAGGCUCAGGACCAAGAUGUGAACAUGUAUGGUAUGCCUCCUGGGCCUAGCCGAACUCCGCCAAGAGAACCUACUUCCCCGGCCAGUUGUCUCACUGGUAUCACCUUGGAUUACACUGGCAAAGCGGAUCUUACUACCGCCACUCCUGGUCCCGUGCACGAAGAGCACGACUCUCCGUGCUUAGGUAUCGACAGGCGAUCAACCACCAACGCCUGCUCGACAUGUCAGCACCAAAAGCCUCCAGCAGCCACAUUGAAAGCCAGAGCCACACAGACCUCAUUCAGCUGGAAACAAUGUAACACCCCUCCCUAUAUGGACAGCGACAACUCCAGUGUCCCUAACAUCAUCCCACCCAACACAUGCACCAACGCCACUCACUCCAAGCAUUCUACCGCUCUUGACCUCUCCCAGGAGCAGAUCCAGCACAACUACCAAGAGUUCUUAGAGCAGGCUAAACGCAAAGCCUUGGAGAAGGCCUAUCAAGCUGCUAUCAUACCGCUCUUUGACGGAAAGGUUAGCCCGACCAACGACGCGGAUAGGAGCUUUGAGCAGGUUUUCUUUGCGGAUACGGAUAGUGAGGUGGGUGAGUGGACUUGUACUUCUAUAUCUGAUGUUGAUGGGUUGAGUGAGGGGGUGGAGAGUGUGGAUAUGGAGGCGUGA